AUGGGUCAAUAUAAAAAAUCGCUUACAAUUUUAAAUAAGUCAUUAGAAAUCGACCCAAAUAAUGCUGAUAUAUUAUGUAAUCGACCGUUGGAUGGAAAUUUAGUACCUUCACGUGAAGAAUUUUCCAAGGUUGCUCUUAAAAGUUUGAAUGGAACUCAAAAUAAUUCUUUAGAGUUUUUAACUGAGCACCCAGAUGCCAUAUAUAUUUCCCAAUUUAUUGACACCUCUAAGAUUCUAGAG